CUCUCAACUUGGCCUUGGAGAUAUAUUUGUCCUGCGGACAUUCCGUGUCGUCCAUUUCUCUAGACCAUCACAUUUUCUGAAUGUUGAUAGUCUGCUGCAACCUCCAUGUCCACGGUAUGGGGCCGUUGUAUUGACUAUAGGGUCGUUGUGGUGUGAAGGACUGUAGGUUUUAUAUUAUUCUAAAGACCGCUGGAUUAUAAGUGCGCAAGUGUGCUGUAAGACUUACAAAGAGAGACCGUCUUAGUACAUACGCAUACAUGUGCAUAUGAAUUUUUUUCUUCUUUUGACGUUUUAUGAUUAACGUUUUCAACUUAGAUUAUCUAUGGGUAGUUAACGCAACUCUAUGAUCUGUAUUCAUCUAUGCCAUUUUAUGACCACCAUAAACAAAGAUAGUCGUCUUAGUUGCCCACUGAGAGACGAUACACACAACAUUCCACCUGCCUCAUAUGUCAAAUACAUAGUGCAUUCCCCGUGACUAUCUCUAAGGGGGAGGGGGGCGAGCACCUGUUGUUCCUUGCUAGUUGUCAGUUGUCGGACGGCAGCACUCGCAGACCACGUAACACUGUAGUGGGCGUGAAUUUUCAGGUUCGAUUGUUUCUCAUAAUACCUGCCUGAGACAUUUCCUUCACAGCAAUCUCAAGUAACUGUAUUUACUAGAAAAUAAUGGCUGCCUUGAGAUCUUCGACUCGAGGGCUCGACCAGUUGCCAUGGGAACGAAAAAGUCUGGGAUCUCAACUGACGUCACUGGAAAAAUCGUCUGAUGAAGGAAAGAGGAAGGGAUCGAGAAGAGCGUCAUUUAGGAGAGUCAGUUUCAAUCAGCCAAAGAACGGCCUUUUUGGUCUUAGAGUGGACGAAAUCUGUGUUGUUGUCGACGACAAACGACUGAAUAUACAGAAGAAAGUUCUGUCAGAGGGUAGCGAGUAUUUUCGCGCGCUGUUGGCUUCGGGAAUGAAGGAGAGUAAAAACAGUCAGGUGGUGUUGCACGGAGUGUCACUGGAAGCUUUCCAAGUCAUCGUAGAGUUUUUGAUGUCAGGAAAUCUUUGCUGCAACUGUGUUUCAGUCGAAGAGGUCCUGGAUACAGCGGUGUUUCUCCAAAUGGAGGGUCUGCUUAAUUACAUGACGAGAAACAUGACAGUUGCCACGUGUGUCGCCUGUCUGCGCAUCGCAGAAAAGCAUUUCAUUCCCUCCCUUGGAAACGCAGCAUAUCGAUUUAUGACAAAACAUUACAUCCACUUGUUGAAAUCAGCAGAGUUCGACAGGCUACCGACGCUUCAAAAGAGACGACUAGCGACCUAUAGACACACUGCCGUUCCACCUGCACCGUUCGAGCGGAACAAUUCCAGUCAACACUGCCACCUUGCGGAAUACGACUCCACUGCAAAGCAGUUUAUGUGUGCGGUGGGAAACUACUCCGUGACGUCACCGAAAAGUCCUGAUAACCCGCGUCCUCUCAAUGUUUUCAAUCACAUGGAAGCCAGAUGGCAAAAUUUCUGCAAAGUACCUGGCGAACUCAGCACACAUGGCUGUUCUAUGUGUGUCAUACAUAACUUCUUGGUCAUCAUUGGCGGAUAUACAAGCGCACAGAGGGACGGUCUCCAAACGGAGGCCUUUGUUUAUGACCCCCUGUUUAACACGUGGUCGAUUUUCCCGUCUCUUUCAACGCCAAGAGCUUUGUUAGGAUUGGCUGUGGUGGAGGAUCAUGACGUCAUCUAUGCAAUAGGUAUGUAA